UAAAAGUAGUGUACUACCUACUACAAGUGAAUGAAUAUGGGCUGGCGCUCUUCAAUGAGCCAACUAUGAAUAACAAUAGACCGUGGAGUGUUCAUCGCCCAUAACUAGCGAUAUAAAUCCGCGCGACAGGUAGUGUAGGCUUACCGCGCAGCAGUAAGGAUGUAUGUGACAAGACACACGGCUAAAGCUGUCAUGUGUUAAGCAGAAGCUGUGAGUUGUAAUGUAGACAACUUUACCUGGACAAACAGAUAUUGUGAAGUGUUUGACAGUCGCUUGAUAAACAUGGAGCGUUCUAAAAGACAAUGCAGAACCAAAAAAAGCACCGAAAAGACUUUCUCUUCUCAGUCUUGUGCUGAAGACAUGUCGGACGAAUUUGGUGAAAAAUAUAACUUUAGACGUAGCUCUCUGGUGAACAGAGUGGUCAGUGAGAGAAAGCGCAAAGAGACUAAACUACCGAAGCCCAAGUGCAAGCCUCCUCCACUGAGCAAGUACCGGCGGAGAGCAGCAAACUCCAGAGAGCGGGGUCGUAUGGAGGAUAUCAACUCAGCUUUCGAAGUAUUAAAAGGAGUUUUACCUGACAUUGAGGCAUGUCCGUCGUCCAAAAUGACUAAAAUCACCACACUGAGACUCGCCAUGAACUAUAUAUCUGCAUUGCGCAACAGUCUCGGCGUUGAAGACGACCUUAACUCAGACGCGUCCUCUUCUCGAUCGUCUAGCAUGUCCUCUGGGGAUGAGGAUCUGUGUCUUAGUCCCUCUUCCGUCUCGGCACCGGAAGAUUUCUUGAGCUCGGAGGACAUUGCCUCAUCAGAAGACUUCGACCUCGACAUCCAAGUUCCGUCAGAACUGCUGCUCAGCUAGUGUAGGUGGGUUAUUGCAGCGACUCGGCGUUAUUCAGCAUCCUCAUCCAUCCUCCUUAUCUGCAGUCUCAUCGUGUGAACUUCUCAUCCUGCGUAAGGCAACCCUUUUGGGAUCAUGAACGGAAUGCAUGAUGUUAGCACAGGAAUAAAAGACCUGUUUCAUAUGUAAAUGUGUAGUGCAGGAAAGGGACCUGUAUGACAUGUAUGUGCUACCAUGGGGUGACCAACUCCGUGGUGUAAACAUUUUGGGGAUUAAAUGAGCCAGUGUCUAUUUUUACACGAUCGACUGUAUCAAAAUUACCUCUCUGUAAAUAUGUGUGAGAAAAAAAUCAUCGAAAGUGCUUGUACUCGAGAACAUGAUAAGUGUUCGGGAAAAGAUUGGCGUACACACGUGCGGAAGCACGGACUGAACACAUGCACGUGGAAGGCACGUGCAGUCAACCCCGUGGAUUAUUAUUUUAUACUGUAUGACUAUUGUCUCAGACUUUGGGAGUGAAAGGAUUAAUGGACGAAUUUCUGUAGUCUCAAUCGUAAGUGAGCAACGCAUAUGAUCACAUAAUCAUCAGAGCGGUUGGACUUUCAUACAUUCCUAUAUAUUUGUGGCCAACUCUAAUGACGAUUUUCUUGAUGAAGACAUGUUUUUUACCAAAUGAAGAUUUAUUUUAUUUUUUAUUGAACAAAAUAUUCCUGUUGUCAAAUUAGAAUUUAUAGAUAUAUACAUUUAUAUAUAUAUAUAUUGUCCGAGUAAUGAUUGUUAAACUUUCUGCAUACCUUCGCUCUACAAACUCGCUCUCUUACAACAGUAUAUCAGCAAAACCUGGUUGUCACACAUUUUGUUUCGUCAAUUCUGCAAAUUUUUAUUUUAUAUAAAAAAAAAAUGCCAUUAUUAUUUCGACUUCUAUUAUUGAAAAUAGACGUUUUGAUACACGUAUAUGAUAAAUGAUGAAGCUGUCAUUGGAUAACUGUUUAGAUUUGUAACAGCCAGGUUGAGAGUCUGAUGUAGGAAUUUUUACCUACAUAUAACGUGCAUGGACGUGUGAACGCGUACCUUCACGGGUACUUAUAGGUGGUACAUAUCAUUGGAAUAUUAAAAUAAUAAUGUUGACA